UGCAGCCUGGGCUGGCGCGGCAAGGACUGCAGCCGAUGCAUCCCUCAUCCCGACUGUGUUCAGGGCGUCUGCUCUCCGAAGGCCGGUGGCAACGAGACGACUGGAUCCUUGGAGCCGUACACCUGCCUUUGCCUGCCCGGCUGGGGCGGAGUCUACUGCAGCAUUGAUUUGGACUACUGCAGCCAUCACCACGGAGUCUGUAGGAACCAGGGCGUCUGUCUUAACAUGCAGGGCAAAGCGUCGGCUCAAUAUCGUUGCCAAUGCCCUCCUGGUUUCCGAGGCGACCAUUGUGAAGUGGUGGAAGACGACUGUCAGGUGCAUGGCUGCGGAGCGGGAGUGGGCAAAUGUGUCAUUUGGUCUGAUGGAAAGGUAAGCAACUGA